GUUCCCCGGAAGGCUACAGCUGAUCGACACCAGGUACUAGGUGUUUAAGGCCCAACUAGCUCUGGUUUGAUGGUUCGGCGGGAUUGUGCAGGGUGCAGAAGGGUGGUAGUGCUUAACCGAUGGCCAACUGUGAGUCACGCCCAAUUAACCACCCAAGACGGUUUGCCAGCAAAGAAUAAGGCAAAGCUCCCAUUUUCCUAGGUUUUAUUUCCAGUAGGUACCUAAGUUGUGUUGUGACAAUUGAAAAAAAAAAUAAAUAAAUAAAUAAAAAGUUGAGGUUUAUCGAAAGUAAUACGACAACGACGUACGACAAUCACGAGGAUAUUUACAAGAUAAGAAGCCCGAAACAUUGCCCUGGCCGCCCACUCGUUUGCGCCUAGACGUUAUCCUUGCCCAAGUACCUAGGUUAUGCGCAUGAAAUCGUACGUACGCCAAAGAGCGCCAGGGCUGGCAUUUUAAUUUGUAGCCUGCUAUGUAGACUCAGUUUCCCCAGCGCAAGAAUAAAUAUCAUUUCUUGCACCUUUAGACCCUGAGUAUCAGUCAAGUGAAAUUUCAACGCGAGGAACCGGGGCUCGAAGACGCCAUGUCGAGCGAAGAUUUCUACGCCGAAUACGAACCUUAUGGAGAGGAAGAUGAGAUCCCGAAAGAGCCGAAAACGCCCGGCGAAGAAUUGAUGUGGUUUGGAAAAUUCGAAGGCACACCACUGGAUCAGCUGGACGAUAAUUACCGAUGGACCAUUUACCGUCUAAGCCGAGAGAAGCCCAACACGUUGCUGCAAGGGUUCAGAGAUCUUCACGAUCAAUACACGGCCUGGCUGGACGAAAAAUAUAGCCCGUUGUCUACCAAAGUUUGGUUCGGGCAGCACCGAGGCCACGAACUACGGGUCAUAUACAACAGCCCGAGGAGAUGGAACUGGUUAGUCCACAAUACAGUAUGGGGCCCUGAACUCGCGGGCAUCGAAGAGAGGUAUCUCUCCUGGAAGGCAAGGCAACAACCAAGGAGACGCCCUGUUGCUAGAGCUCGACCCGUUAUCGAGAACCCGGUCGGAAGCAGGCUCGGACCUGCCGACGAUAGGGUGGCAUCGGACAAUGAUGAACCUUAUGACAGCGAUGGCGGGUUCGUGGUGAGUGACGAUGAAAUGGAGGAUAGCGACUGGGACGAAGACGAAUGGAAGGACGACGAGGAUGACGAGGACGUGGAAUACUUCAUGGAUGGUGAAGAGUCGGACACUGAGACGGCCACCCUUCACGAUGAAGAGAUGGCCGAAGCUCCAUCCAUUCAUGAUGUUGAUUCGGAUUCCACGGGCUCGUUGCCAUCCCUAGACGAGAUUGUACGACGAUCGGCAACAAAGAAGACGCCCCCGCAACACAAGAAACGCUAUCAACCAUACGCCAAUUCAAGCCCCAUCAAAUCAAGAGCUACUCGCCAGCGGUACAUAAUCAGUUCCGACGAUGACGAUGACGAUGAGGACGACGACAUGCCGAUAUUCACGCCUUCCAAGAGCACAGGAAAGAUCCGAAGAACUUUCGACUUUCUAGCUGAGUCGGAAAGAACACCCAAGAACAGUGCGAGUCAUGUCGCCGCUAGACGGGUGGAUCAACAAGAAAGCCCUAGUCGAGCGCCGAAGAACAGUCAGUCGACUGUCAUUAUCCUCUCGUCUGAUUCAGAACCGGAGAGACGAUGUUCGUCUCGUGCGAACUGCGGCCAUGAGCUUCCUGUUCGUACUGCCAACGCGGUACCACUUGAUUCCGAUGAUGAGCCGCUGGUCCCCAAGCUGCGUAGGGAGAUGAUGGCCAAAGCAUUGGCCAAAACACGCCGAUGAGCCUAGUGUGCUUACCGGCAUAUUGGGCUGACAUACUUUUGUAUGUGUUGGGUUUUGGCGUUAUAAGUGAGCAUGGCGUUACACGGCGUUGCCAGUGGACUCCGAUAGUUUCCGUACGAUCCAUCAGAGAUAAUGAAUAAAUGAACGUA